AUGGCCGAGAGCGGAGGCGGAGAGACCGUUUUCUAUGCCCGCGCCCUACAAAACUGGAAGAGCAAGGACAAAGGGGCGCUGUCUCUGUCAAAGGGCGGGCUGGUGAAGGUGCUGUCGGGGUCGGCGGACGGCGAGAAGUUCUUUGGCGAGGUCGGGAAGAAGAAGGGCUGGUUUCCGCAGAUCUACGUCAAGCGUGAGGCGGCCGGCGGGAUCGUGCAGUCCUUCCGUCCGAGUGGCGGCGACUCCGGCGACGGCGACAGUAGCCCUCCCGCCAUCAGCGGACCCACCCACGUGCGCCAACACUCACAGAGCCUCGAGACCCUCUCCCUGCUCGCCGAUCAGCUCCCGCCCAACGCCAUCGCCGACCUCGGAGAUGGCAAGGCGAAGGAGGAGGCCGCCGGCGCGCCGCAGGAUGAUGGCGAAGGCGGGUCGGGCUCGCGCAUACUGAAGCGAUCGGUCACCGUGAACCACCUGCGCCAGCAGAGCGCCGGGGGCUCUGCGGAGGACCGGAUGCGGCUGGACGACAUUUUGCGGGGCAGCGGCGGCCGGUUCCUGGGGCGCAGCCUCGAGCAGCCGCGGAUUCCGGAGGUGGGCGAGGAGGAGUACGCGGCCGGCGCGCAGGACAGCGACCACAGCGGAGUGGACAAGCUCACCGAGGAGCAGAACGCGGCCAUCGCGCGGCUCAAGCGCAACCGCACGCUGCCGCACCUGCGGCCGCCGAUGCCCUCCGUCUCACACUCGCCCGUAACGAUGGCCUUCUCCAAUCCGGCCCUGUCGCCGUCGUCCAUCUCUAUGACCGCGUCAGCGCCCGUGUCGCCGCGCUCGUCGUCGCCGCGCACCAGCCUGCGCCCGAUCCUGCACAACGGCACCACCUCGCACUCCUUCGGCACUCUCCCGCUCAACGCGCUCGGCUCUCCCUCCGGCGCAGGAGGACCCUCUUCGCCGCGCUCCCGCGUGAUGUCGGUCUACCAGCCGCUGUCGCAGCCUUCGUCGCCGACGUCAUCGUCGUCAUCGCCCCCGGCAUCUCUCUCCUCCAACCCGCUCGAGUCCCCGCGCCGCACGCGCUCCUCGUCAUCGCACUCGGCGCCGCACCCGGUCAUCACCUCCAUCUUCCCGCAGCGCUCGCUGUCGAUGGAGGCGCAGGCCGUGCAGCAGUCGUCAAUGAACAACGGGCCGUCGCCGCUAUCGAAGCUUGGCGCCACGUCGACGUCGUCGCGUCGGCAGAGCAAGUCGCAUCGGGAUGAGAAGAAGGAGGAGAAGAAGAAGAAAAAGGAGGAGAAGAAGGAGAAGCGCGAGGGCAGCCGGCGGAAGCCCAACCCGAAGAAGGGCAGCACACGGCAGCCCGGACGUGCGUCGGGCAAGGAGGUGUUCGGCGUCUCGCUCGAGGAGCUGAUGCAGCGGCAGCGACUGGACCAUCCGCACCUCCAGGUGCCUAUCGUGCUGCUCAACUGUGCACACGCCAUCAUUCUCCUCGAGGGCCACAAGAAGGAGGGCAUUUUCAGGAUUUCGGGCAACGCGCACAAUUUGGAGGCACUGAAGGAGACGAUACGAGAGCAGGAGUAUGCCGACGACUUCCUCGACGCCCACAACGCUGCAUCGCUCAUGAAGCUCUGGCUAUCGUCGCUCCCGCAAUCCCUCAUCCCCGACACCCUCACGCAACGAUGCACGGAGAGCAUCGGCGAUCCCGAGAAGAGCCUGGCGAUCGUGAGCGAGAUGCCGGAGAUCAACCAGAAGACGCUCGGCUACGUGAUCCAGUUCCUGCAGCAGCUCAUCCUCCCCGAGAAGGCCGUCACCAAGAUGGACGAGGACAACUUGGCGAUGACCCUCGUCCCAGUCAUCUUCGACCAGAACGGCGCAAUCGGCGACAUGGCGGAGAUCGUGAAGCAGACGCAGCUGCAGAAGAUGUUUGUGGUCAAUCUCCUCCAGCACAUGCAGUUCGCCACGCCUCUCGCGUGGAAGACUUUGAAGACGCCAUCGAGGUGA